AUGGCGUCUUGCUCAACUGCUGCAAACUGGCAAUCGAAAUUCCUGAAGAAAGAGUACCAAAAUUGGCUAGCUGUAGGCCACGCCCUUUCACUUAUGUGCGAUGGGUUGAGGCCCUACAUCGAGAGAGAGAUGAAAGUAUUUCAUCGAACUUUAAUGGCAAACCUUGCUUAUGCACCCCCUUGCGCCUGUCGAAAUCCCCUCAAACACUCUUGUGCAUGGGCUGCACAACUUUCAAUGUACCACAGAGGUGGACUACCAAACUCUCCCAGGUGGCGCCAAAGUGAUUCGUACAAAUGGACAGAUCCAAACCUUGGUUGCUGGGAGGUAGCCAAACUUUUCAUGUCCGAUUUAGGGAACAGCGCUGUUGAUGUGAUAGACGCGAGUAGUACCGACUGCACGGGAUUGACCAAUCUUUUGUUCUGGUGUUCCCACUUUCCUAUACAACACCAUCUCGUUGAAGAGGUACGAAAUACGCGAAAUACUAGAUGGGGACACGCUCCGAGACAAGAGCUAACAGAGGGAGAAAAGGCAGAUGCUCUAACAUCGAUAAGAAAUCUUCUUCAAGAUCCGAACCUAACUUUCGAUAAUGACGCUAAGGCGGCCCUCGCAGAGAUACACGCAAUGGAGAAGGAUUUCGAUGCACGUAGUAUUGAGAGAAAAGUUUUGGCAGAUUUCCAGGAGACUGUUUGUGGUCAACUUGACGACAUUGAAGGGGAAAUCAAGGCCUUCAAGAUCAAUUGCAAAGGUGUAAGCAACAAGGUACGAAAGAAACUUUUGAGCUUACAAACCCAACAGACAAAGGUCUUCAAGCUUCUUAAAGGUAUUGAUGAAAGAAUGGAGGACGCAGCAAAUCGAAACUUGUCACAGGCAACACAGGCUUCAAACCUCCUCAAAUGGGUGUAUACAAGGGGAAAGCAAUUUGUCUAUGACAACGCUCGCAGCUUGGACACAAAGUCACUUACCCUGUGGCUGCUGUUGAUGGUACUCCCGAGUUUUUUUAGAUGUUUAAGUCACAACUCUUACAACGACGGGUGCCCGAUGGAAGAUGGCUUUGUUCCUUUUGACAGUAAAGAAUUCAAUUUCACAAGCUACUUGAAUAAUGCCCGAGAAAGAUUCACUGGACGGCUCUGGCUCUACAAUGAACUAGUAUUGAAUUUGAUGAAACAAGAUACACAUCGGGGAGUAAUAUUGACUGGUGAACCUGGUGCAGGGAAGUCUGCACUUACUGCCCAAUUGAUCUGUUCCCGCUCAUCUAGUCCUUUUAUUCACAAAAGAAUCAUUGGUUACCAUUUGUGUAAGCACGCAGACAAAGCAACUCAGGAUCCUGGUCGAUUUGUUCGCAAUUUAGUCGACUUGAUGGCCAGAAGAGUUCCAGAAUAUGGAAUGUUGAUCUCAGAUAGCUUGUUCAUCCUUUCAGUUCUAGAGAGAAGUUGUUUACGGGAUCCUUUUGAAUGCUUUGAACAAGCUGUGAUGGUGCCACUUUUGCAGUUAAAAGGUCAACCUCAAUUCUAUUUCAUCAUCAUAGAUGCCUUAGACGAAUGCUCGUUAGACGUUGGAGGCACUUCAAUAGCUCAGUUUAUUGGAGAAACGUCUGGUAAGCUUCCAAAAUGGAUAAAGCUCAUUAUGACUUCUCGAAAUGACUCAAAAGUCCUAAAACAUUUGAGUCAUUUCCCGAGAGUGUACUUGUCUUCCACAGAUGCACGAAACUUACAAGAUAUCGAGGUAUUUAUAACUGCCAAACUAUUUGAAGAGGCGUCGAUUCUCGAUAGGCUGAAAAAUGCAUUUGGUUUGAGUAGCGAUGAAGAGAUUUCUUUCCUGACGAGCAAGAUACUGAGCCAGAGCCAAGGGAAUUUCCUCUUCGCGAAGGAAAUGUUCCAUUUUUGGGGAAACGGCUUGAGCAAUGAAGUAGACUUGAAGCAGCUCCCGAAAACGAUUGGUGGGAUAUACGAGAGUUACUUGAAAAGGGUUUAUGGUUCCCGAGAGAAGUUUAAGUCCGCGUUGGCUAUUCUGGAGGUUAUGGUGGCUGCAUUCGAACCAAUGCAGGUUGAUCUUGUAUUCCAGAUUUUAAAAAUUCAGGAGAACAUCGACUAUGAAUAUGAAUAUGUCUACGCGUUAAAAGAUCUUUCACACUUUAUCAGAUAUGGUGCAGACAACACGAUCACUAUUUUCCACCUUUCUUUUACAGAGUGGCUUACAAGCAGAGAAAACAUUGGGAACCCAUACUAUGUAAGUCGGAAGCAUGGUCACAAACGCUUAGCUAAGUACUAUCUUAGCGUUGUCAAAAAAAACCGGAACUCAUCCAUGGACAUUUACCGUUUAGCAUAUCAUGUUAGUUUUUGGGAGGGCGACGAGAAUUUCCUUCAAGAGUUUGGGAAUAUCAAAGCGUCUUACAUAAAUGCCUCAAUUAACAGUGAUAACAAAACCCUUCUUCACCUUGCCGCAGAAGAAAGCAAUUUAAAACUUCUUCAGUUACUUGCUCCCUCGUUUGAGGGCGUUGACUGUGAGGACAACUAUGGUUUCACUCCAGGCUUCCUCGCUGCGAAAAGGGGUCUCAAAGAAAACGUCGAAUUUCUCAUCAGGAGAGGGGCUAACAUUGACCACCGAACUAAGCCACCACCUCCCUUACGGUCUUUCAUGAAAGGCUCUAUCUUUAUGUUUGUGAUUGAUCCUCUUGAACGAGCUAAAACAGCGUUCUGGAACUCCACUAUGAUGCAUGCCGCCGCAUCUGGAGGUCAUACUGCUGUAAUACGAGCACUACUGAAAAGGGAUGCUGCUUUUCGAGAUGUGAACGGUAUCAACCUGACAGCCAUCCAGCUGGCGGCACAAAAUGGACAUUCAGAUGUUGUUCAGCUUUUGUAUCAUAAAGGGGCUGAUGCGGACCAUCUUUCUCUUCAACUUGCAGCUCACGGUGGUCAUACAAAUACUGUAAAGUUCCUCUUAAAGAUUGGUUUAACAGAUACUUGCAUGCGUUGCAAUGGUUCAUUUUCUUGGCUCGGAGACAGAGUAAGAUAUCAAGCGGCCUCUUUCUACAACUCUAGUGAUGUGCAUGGGUACAUUUUAUCUCAUGACAUUUACAGAAUUCAAUGCCAAAGUGCACUUCAUUUGGCAGUCGCAGGAAAACACUUAGAGGUAGCUAAACUAUUGUUGUCCUCGGAUUACAACGCAAUCCACUGCAAAGAUUUCACUGAUCGAACCCCCCUUCAUGAAGCGGUAAGGCAAAAUCAUCUGGAGACAGCAGAGCUUCUCAUAAGAAGUGGGGCUCGAAUUUCUCAAAAAUGCAAGCGCUUUCAAAAUUUUUCCUCUUCCUGCAGCUCCCUGGGGACCGAGUGUCAAGGACAGAGAAUGUUUCUCAGCGAAAGAGAAAUAGAAGAAUACAAUAAAGAUCUUUGUCACUGCGGUACAACACCAUUUCUCCUAGCCGCAAGAUAUGGUCAUAUUGAGGUGGCGUCCCUGCUCUUGCGCAAUGGUGCAAAGCUCGACGAUAUGGAUUGCCAAGGGGCCACGCCACUUCAUGUUGCUGCGUGUCAUGGGCAUUACGAUUUUAUUAAAUGGAUUAUUUCUCAGAGACCUUCUCUCCAUAUUGACAUAAAAAGUAAAAACCUCUCAACCCCGCUUCACAGUGGCGCAAUUUGUAACAUUAACAAGGACAUCAAUCCGUUGAUAGACAUGGGAUCUAGCAUUUAUGAAACUGAUGAAAAUGGAAUGACACCACUACACUACUCAGUGGCAAACAGUUUCGAACGCAAUUCAAAUUGGAUUUUCCACUCAACGCAUGAGGACCGCGGUGGUAAAUCAUUCACUACAGUUUGGAAUCUAGAGGGAGGUGACUUAACGGUAACGCAUGAUUCUUUCGUUAUUUCAAGGAGUAUACCUUUGAGCUUUCAGUGUCGUAAGCUGAUAAAAAUUAUUGAAUCAUCAGAUACAUCAUACAUAAAUAAAAGAGACAAAAGUGGAAGAACAGCAUUGCAUCUCGCGGCAAGAUCUGGGGAGGAGUGUUGUGUCUUGCAGCUACUGCGGAAAGGGGCAAGAACGGAUUUGAAUGACAGACAAGGGAAAAUUCCUCUAGACUUUGCCGUGGAAUUUGCGACUGAAGUGAUCUAUCCCAACAUGAGGAAUUCCAGUGAUGAAAAAGUAAAUUUUGACCUGAUUUUAGCCUUGAACAGAAGGUAUCAUAAUUCAGUAGCUCAUAUUCUCCUCUCUAGAGAGGAUGACUUGACCCAAGCGUGUGGAGGAGAGAAAACUGCUUUGUUGCAUCGCGCGUUUGAGAAGCAACAACCAAUAAUUGCUUACCUGAUACUUUUAAAGAACCAUAGCCUGAGCUGUAAAGAUGCACAAGGUCGAACACCACUAAUGAUUUAUCUGCAGAAUGGUGGCAAGUGGCUGGAUGUAGUUUUAAAGCGAUUUGACAUACCUAUUCACGUCGAAUGUGGUACGCCAUUUAACCAGUCGGAAUUGCAUAUGCUAGCCUUUAGAGAGCCGACAGUGCCUACGGAAAAUCUUCUUGAGUACAAAACCUGUGAUGAUUUACAUUGCUUUGUAAAGGAUGGACCCCUUCUGAAAGCGAUCAAGGCCCAUCCUUUAGAAUUCCGUGUCGUGGACGAGUGUCGUGACGCAGAAGGAUACACUGCAUUGCAUAGAGCAGCUCAAGGAGGUAACCUAUUCGUGAUAAAGAAGUUUCUCUCGUGGGGAGCUGAUCUAACAAUCCCAACUCCUCUUGGGCAUAACUCUUUGGAACUUUCCAUUCUGUAUGGAAGGAUAAGCCCUUACCUUUCAAGUCCACCUACUCACAUUGCAGAGGUAGCUGUAGAUCUUUUAUUUGAAGCUACAAAGCGUCUUUCACCUUUUGAUGUUGGAUGUAACAGAACUCGGGCAAAACUAACAAUAUACCACUUGGCAGCUUACAGAGGUCUGAGUGGUUUCGUCAAAACCCUUUUAAAUGAUUCUAGUCUCAAUGGCAUUGAUGUAAACUGUUCAAAUUUGCAUGGCGUAACACCUUUGUACCUUGCCAACCUAUUCGUUGGGACGAGGAAGCCUCCUGAAGACGAAAAGGACCAAUGGCUGGAAGUCGUUGACAUCAUUCAGACAUUCGGAGGCAUCCUUGCCUAUCCUGAGAGAGAGGUGGAGUUAAGCUUGAUUUAUACGCAUCUUUUUGGAAGCUUUCCCCAUUCAUUCGUUUUGGACGGAUUUGAAGAAGGUGGCGAGGAGUUUUUUCACAAUGAUGGUAGCGUAUGCAGUGAGGAUGAGUUGCGCUAUUACGGUAAUGGUACUCUCUUUAACCCAUUCAUGGAAAGCGUGAUGGAGGAAUUAAACCGGAUAAUCAUCCGUCCAACUGGUAAAGUCUCGGAUUUCGAACUAAUGAAGAGGGAUCGAAGGGCACAAUGGAAAACACGUAGCAGACUUCUCGUCACACUGCACACUUUGUAUCAAUUACGCGAUCUGUUAGACGAUGUUAUGAAGGGCUUUGACCAAGCAGAUCAAGCUGUCAAGCAAAGAUCGUUCUCCACGAACGAGUCAAAAGUUCCCAGCCUUAAGUUUCCAAAGCUAAUUGAGCAACCAGAAAUCAUACAGAACCUACGACGCAUAAAGAAACAACUCACAUACGACGAACAAUUUCUUCGUAAGAUGCGCUUUAGCCAUGCGUCAAAAACUGCGACCACUUCUCAUAUGAUGGUGAACGUUAAGAAAAUUGCCCUUAGGUAUGGCCUGUUCUUUGGAGGCGUAACGAACUUUGUAAAACUUAUAGAAAAAUACGAGGAAGGGGAAUUAUGUCGAGAAGAAAUUAUGCAGGUCAAAAUGAUGAUAUUGAAGUUUCGCAUUUAUGUACGUAAGUCCCGGACAGAUGACUUGAUAUCUUUUGAACGUACUAACCUCGAAAAAGGUGAAUUUAUCUCCAAAAGAAUUCCAUUCCAGUGGUUAAAUUCGACGGAUGCAUACGGUUGGGAUAAAGCUGUAAAUUUUCUUUACAGACAAGCAACUCAAGAAGAUUCGGCUUUUGAUUACCUAAGCGACCUCACAGUGGGAUUUGACGUGGACACGCGGAUUCCAUUAAGUGUGGACGCCUUGUAUUUUCUUUCACUGGAACGUCAAUCGGAGGAUGUCUAAUUUUCAUGUUUCAAAUGAUCUCAGGACUUUGUAGCGGGGUCGCAAACUGUAAGCUUUCGUUAAGGUUACCGUGCACCUUCAGGGGUGUCUCGCGUGCAAGCGA